GUUCAUUGCGAUCCUGACUGCAAAAUCACAUGAUCGCAGAGAUCUCCGUGGGGAAAGUGAAAAAUCAUCAUUUCUGUCAUUUUUUAGAAUUUUAAGUCCACUGUUUUUACUUUCUAAGUACAACGUAGUCAAGAAGACUUUGUCAAGAUGGCGCUAAGUGACGCAGAUGUUCAGAAACAGAUCAAACACAUGAUGGCCUUCAUUGAGCAGGAGGCCAAUGAGAAGGCAGAGGAGAUAGAUGCAAAGGCCGAGGAGGAGUUUAACAUAGAGAAGGGUCGUCUGGUCCAGAUGCAGCGGGUCAAGAUCAUGGAGUUCUACGAGAAGAAGGAGAAACAAGUGGAGCAGCAGAAGAAGAUGGCCAGAGAAGAUCAUAUAAAGCAGAGCAUCCUGGAGGAUUGUCGGCAGAGGCUGGGCGAGGUCACCAAGAACCCCGUGAAGUACCGCAAGGUCAUGGAGGGGCUGAUGGUGCAGAGCCUGUGUCAGCUGCUCGAGCCAGCCGUCACGCUCAGAUGUCGACAGGUGGACGUCAAACUCGUCAAGGACUUGACACCUCAGGUGAUCACUACCUACAAGGGGCUCACCAAAAAGGACUGCAAAAUCACCGUAGAUGAACAGAACUUCCUGGGCUCGGAUGUGUCUGGAGGAAUCGAGUUUCUCUCUCCCAACAACAGAAUCAAGGUGACCAACACACUGGAGAGUCGACUGGAGAUGAUGAGUACACAGAUGAUGCCAGAAAUCCGGACAACGUUAUUCGGAUCCAACCCCAACAGAAAAUUCAUGGACUAGGAAAAUAGCAUUCACCUAUUCUAGCUGAUGGUCUUGUCCAGCUGUGCAAUACAGAAAUAAUCAUCAACACCCCUGUUAAUUAAAUAGAAUGGUCCUUUUCUGACAAGUUGUAUGUGUGUUGGCUGGGUCAUACUAAUCAGAAUGGGGAUGGUCAUAAUGUAUUGUGGGAUAGAUAUUGCUAGUAAAUAGAGCCGAAUUGUAGAGAUGGAAAAUUUGGAAACAUUUAGGAAAUACCAGGUCAUUGUGAUUAAAAGUCACUGUAGUCUACAAUAUAUACUGUAUGCAAAAGUUGCUGGUGAAAAAAUGAGUUGCUAUUGAAAUACAAUUGCUUCCAAAAUUCAAAUGAAUGUAUUACAUGUAGUAACAUGUUGAUAGUGAUGAAGUAUUCUACAAUUUGUUUCCAACAAAUGUUUCUUCACCUCUGUAGAAAUGAAUACACUUGAAGCACAAUUAUGAACAAGUCUAGAUAGAUUAUAUUGUAAAGAAAGAAAGCAAGACAGUCUAUGUGUAGUACUACACUGUGAGGUACAAUGUAUUAGGGCUCACUGUAGAAGCAGUUUCAUGUAUUGUGGUGUAAAAUCACCAGAAAUUUAGCCACUGUGCACAUUGUAGUAGUCAGGAAAAGGAUGGAACAGAUAUUAAAGGUUGACAGGUAUAUUGAAAGA